AUGAGCGAACCUCUUCCAUCGUCUUUCGACGGCAACCCUCAAUUUGAGGAGGAGACGCCCCUUCAGAAGUUUGGAAGAAGAUUUAAGGAAGAGCCUUUAAUCCCACUAGGAUGUGCCGCAACCUGUUAUGCGCUCUACCGCGCCUACCGAUCGAUGAAGGCCGGCGACUCAGUUGAGAUGAACCGCAUGUUCCGCGCUCGUAUCUAUGCCCAAGCGUUUACUCUCGUCGCCGUGUGUGCUGGAGGAAUGUAUUUCAAGACCGAGCGAAAGGAGCGGAAAGAGUUCGAGCAGGCCCUGGAACUGCAAAAGGCCCAAGAAAAGAAAGACGCCUGGGUGCGUGAGUUGGAGAUUCGAGACAAGGAAGAUAGGGAAUGGAGGCAGCGUCAUGCUGCCAUGGAAGCGGCGGCGAAGGAAGCGGGCAAGAAGCCGACAUCCCCAGAGCACGAUGCAGCUCGCUCUUCUCUUGAGCCUUCCGAAGAGAAGUCUAUUGGAGUGUUGGAUGCUGUGAAGGAACUGAUCGCAAAGCGGAAAUAA